CAUUCGGGAAGCCAUGGCUUGGUGUGGAGACGAUCACCCUGAGCUUGACCAAACUUUCAGGGAGCAAUGCAUCGACGCCUUUAACGAGGCAGCUGGAUUUCUUGCCAAGGUGAUGCGCAAACAAGAAUUUCAGUCGCUCUUUUGCAAGCUUGCGUAUCAAUGUCGCUCCCACUUGCACCUCUACAGUGCUUGCUUGACGAACAUCGGAAUGAAGAUAGUGUUAAGCUGCACAUGUACCCCACACAUUUGUCCAAGAGCCUUGUAUCAGGCCAGGGAAAUGUUGACUCAAGCAAUUGACAUUCAAUCAAAACGUAUGGACGUGAAGGACACCACUCGUGCCCAGUGCAUGAGCAAGUUUGGAUUUUGUUAUGUUCGCGAGGGGCGCGUUGAUGAGGGCUAUGAAUAUCUCGAGAUCGCCUUGAAAUUGCGACGGGACAGAGUAGAGAAACUAAACAGCAUCAAAGAUCAUGUCAUGUUAGCUGCCUGUUUCAACGAUGUAGCAGCUUCUCAAAUGGUGCAGCGAAAACACAUGAUGGCCAUCCAAACAAGGCUGUCACAUGUCCUUCCUGUUUAUGAAGAGAACCUCGGUGACCACCCUUUUACGGCAACCACUCUUAGUUGGAUUGGUAACAGUUACCACGCCUUGGGUGACUACGACAACGCCAUUAAAUACAGCAGCAGAUCAAUUUCAAUCCGAAGGCAACUGUUGGGGCAACAUCAGGAAACUGCGAAGUCUCUGUAUGAUGUGGGUGUGGCUUACAGCGCGAAACAGGACUACGAAACCAAAUUGCAGUGAAUGACUCAAAGGUAAUAUCUAAAAGACUGUAUCACGACGCAAAUAUUUUUCAUCGCAGAAUUCUUUCUUGAACGAGCCCUCCACUACCUGAAAAAGGCAGUUGAUUACCAAGAAAAAGUGUUAGACACACAGGACGAGCUGAUUCACACC